GCUCGGGCGGGCGGUGGCCUUGGGGGCGGUGGCCCGGUGGGCGCUGAGUUCCGGGCGCGCUGAGACCGUUGGGACUUUCUGGUGUGUGGGGUUAUAGCUCACAUGGCUACAGCCAGCGUGACGCCCCCUGGCUCCCUAGAACUGCUGCAGCCUGGCUUCUCCAAGACACUCCUGGGGACCAAGCUAGAGACCAAGUACCUGUGCUCAGCCUGUAGAAACGUCCUGCGGAGGCCCUUCCAGGCCCAGUGUGGCCACCGCUACUGCUCCUUCUGCCUGACCAGCAUCCUCAGGUGUGCAUGCUCUGGGCCUCAGAACUGUGCUGCCUGUGUCCAUGAAGGCAUAUAUGAAGAAGGCAUUUCUAUUUUAGAAAGCAGUUCGGCUUUUCCAGAUAAUGCUGCCCGCAGGGAGGUAGAGAGCCUGCCGGCCAUCUGUCCCAAUGAUGGAUGUACCUGGAAGGGAACCUUGAAAGAAUAUGAGAGCUGUCAUGAAGGACUGUGCCCAUUUCUGCUGACUGAGUGUCCUGCAUGCAAAGGUCUGGUUCGCCUGGGUGAGAAGGAGCACCACACUGAGCAGGAAUGCCCCAAGAGGAGCCUGAGCUGCCAGCACUGCCAGGAAUCCUGUAGCCAUAUGGACCUGGAGGCUCACUAUGAGGUAUGCCCUAAGUUUCCCUUGACCUGUGAUGGCUGUGGAAAGAAGAAGAUUUCUCGGGAGAAGUUUCAGGAACAUGUAAGGACAUGCAGCAAGUGCCGGGUCCCCUGCAGAUUCCAUGCCAUUGGCUGCUCUGAAAUGGUGGUGACUGAGGAGAUGCAGGAUCAUGAGGCACAACGGCUACGGGAGCACCUGGCUCUGCUGCUGAGCUCACUCCUGGAGGCCCAGACUUCCUGGGGGGAUCAGAGCUUGUCCGGCCCAGAGCUGCUACAGCGGUGCCAGAGUCUGGAGCGAAAGACAGCCACCUUUGAGAACAUCGUCUGUGUCCUGAACCGGGAGGUAGAGAGGGUGGCCGUGACUGCAGAAGCUUGUAGCCGGCAGCACCGGCUUGACCAGGACAAGAUUGAGGCCCUGAGUAACAAGGUGCAACAACUUGAGAGGAGCAUCGGCCUCAAGGAUCUGGCCAUGGCCGACCUGGAGCAGAAGGUGCUAGAAUUGGAGGCAUCCACUUAUGAUGGGGUCUUUAUCUGGAAGAUCUCAGACUUUGCUCGGAAGCGCCAGGAAGCUGUAGCCGGCCGUACACCUGCUAUCUUCUCUCCAGCCUUCUACACGAGCAAAUACGGCUACAAAAUGUGUCUGCGUGUCUACUUGAAUGGUGAUGGCACCGGGCGGGGAACUCACCUGUCUCUCUUCUUUGUGGUGAUGAAAGGCCCCAAUGAUGCCCUCCUGCGGUGGCCUUUCAAUCAGAAGGUGACAUUGAUGCUGCUUGACCAGAACAACCGGGAGCAUGUGAUUGAUGCAUUCAGGCCUGAUGUCACAUCAUCGUCCUUCCAGAGGCCUGUCAGUGACAUGAACAUUGCCAGCGGCUGCCCCCUCUUCUGCCCUGUAUCCAAGAUGGAAGCCAAAAACUCCUAUGUGCGGGAAGACACCAUCUUCAUAAAGGCCAUUGUGGAUCUGACUGGGCUCUAGCCACUACUACUGGGAAUAGUGGCUCAGUAAGGAGCUACUACACUGGGCCAGGGUCAGGCUCUGUCACACAGGGUGGCCAGGCUUGGUGCGAGUGCUGGGGAGGGCCUCGGCUUGUAACUACCGGCACCAUCACGCAGGAGGAGCCACCAGCUGGCUCAGCUGACAAGGGCCCAGGGAAUGGUUCAGUCCUUGGGCCUGGUGGGACCAAAUAGCGCUCUUCUCUGCUCCCCAGCAGAACCGCCUUUGCUGUCCUUUGUACAGGGAAGGGAGAGGUUCCCGGGUGGGGUGCUAGGAGGGAGCCACUCUCAAGAGGGCUUUAGUCUACAUGAGCAGCAGGAGUGUGGUGGUUGGCCUUGUCCCACUCUGUCUUGGGAAAGAGAGGGGAUUACACAGAAGGGCACCCAUCUACACAGAGUGGCCCUGGAGAGAAGGCACACUGAUACCCAGGCACUGGCUAGACAGAAGCCUGCCUGUGCCACCUGGUCCUGCCCAGUGGCCUGUGUUGAAGAGAAUUGAUUAAAAGUUCAGAUCUCUGUGGUGAA